ACCUUGGAAUUUUUCGCUAUGUGAUUGACAUCUGAUUUUUCUUUCGAUUUUUGUUUUGAUUGUAGUGAAAUAUGACGUUUGAUUGAUAUAGAUAAAUAGAUUAUUUUUUUGAUUAUAUUAUAAAUAGCUUAGAAAAAUGGUUUUUCAAUUAUGUACUCUAUUGAAUUCGAUACAAUCUAAAAAGAAAAAGAGCGAUAAAUGAUGAGUGAAGAAAAAAACUAUUUCUCACCAACGGAAAUUAUGCCAAUCAAGUCACCUAAGGCAUUAUUUGAAUGGAAUGAGGAAGAUUCUCAGCACAAUUGUGCGCUAAAAAAACUAAAAACUUCCAAACAGGAGUUGAUUUCAAUAGUUUGUCAUGAUUACAAAGGCGGCUACUUGGAGGAUAAAUAUUCUCACGGGACAAAUGAAUUUAACGAAUGGCCACCCUACUCGUUAAAUAGCUGGUGUCUCAUUGACAUAUUUAUUUAUUUUAGCCAUAAUUUGGUAACUAUACCACCUCCAGGAUGGAUAAAUGCCGCCCACAAAAAUCAAACACUGAUUCUAGGAACUUUUAUUGUUGAAUGGGAAGAUGGGAGAAAAAUGCUAGAUGAAAUAUUAAAAGAUGACAUAAAUAUAGAAAAAAGUGUCGAUAUGCUUGUUAAGCUAUGCAAUUAUUAUGGAUUUGAUGGAUGGCUAAUUAAUAUCGAGUCUAAAGUUCAAGAAGAUACUGUAGUUAAGCUACAAACUUUCCUAAAAAUGCUAACUCAGAAGAUGCAUAUUUCAAAGACAUUUUCAAAGAUUAUUUGGUACGAUAGUAUUAUAUCAAAUGGCAAUUUAGAAUGGCAGAAUGAACUAAAUGAUCUCAACAAUUGUUUCUUAAAAUACUCUGAUGCGAUAUUCUUAAAUUACACAUGGACGGAAGCGAAUCUCAAUAAUUCAAUGAAGGACAACAAGAAAGUCUUUGUAGGUAUAGACGUAUUUGGUAGAGGAUGCAAUAGUUGUCAUGGUGAAGGAGGAUUCAAUACAAUUCAGGCAGUAAAACAAGCGAGAAGUAGAAAUUUAGGAUGUGCCAUAUUUGCUCCUGGUUGGACUUUGGAAACUCUGGGAGGCGAGAAGUUUGAUUAUAAUAAUGACCGGUUCUGGUCUUUAUUAGAAAAUGAUUUAAAUAAAAAUAUAGAAGUUGAAAUUCCUUUCUAUACAAAUUUUUGCAAAGGUUAUGGUAAAAAAUGGUAUGUAAACGGUAAGCUAGAACAGGAAAAGAAAUUUUUUAAUUUAUCUCUACAAUCGCCCCAACCAUAUGAAUAUACCAAUUUAACGGAUGGGACAAUUUUCUGCGGCAGUAAUUCAUUCAGAGUUACCAACUGCCACGAUCUGUUUGAUAUUAAUACAGAAUUAACAUCUGCACAAGUAUUCGUUUUGGAGUUUGCUUUUGUCGAGCAAAUAGAAUUAAAAUUGUACGAAAAAGACAAUAGAACAAGAGAAAUCGAAACUUUUAAGAAAUCUUCUUCCGAAGAGGAGUGUCAAUAUGACAGACGUUGGAAAAUAAAGAGAAUUGAAUUUCAAACAAAAUCUAAUCAUCAAAAAUUAAUAUUGGUAUGCAGUGGCAGUGGUUUCCUUGGAUAUAUUCAUUUCUAUGAAAAAUCUAAACAUAUCAAAAAUACAAUAGAAGUUAUAGAAAGAUGUAAAAAUUGGACAUCAUUUGGAGGGCAUUAUAUUUUCAAUGGAAAUUUUAAUUGUACAACUCUAAAUGAUCUUAGUCAUUUUAAUAUUUAUAUCAGAAAUGAUAAAGAAUCCGAAUGGAAAUAUAAUACUUCAUUUUAUGGAAGUUCAUUUGAAAUAACCCAAUUAAAAUUGGACAAAAAGCAAUUUUAUCUUAAAAUUUCUAGUAUACCUGGAAAUUAUUCUACUGAAAUUUACAUUGAAUGA